CUUGAAUCUAAAACUUCUCCCACGAUCGAACGUUAUUCUUUGAUCUGACAAGCCAGAGGAAAAUGUCGUUCCGUGACUCAUGUGAGUCAUUCACAGCAGCACUGGCCUUCUUGGACGUGGCAUUGAGCGAAUCCUCCGACACGUCGCAGUCCCAAGGCAGCCCGCCGGCGCUCCCGACAUUAACCGACGGCGAAUGGAACCCGAAUUUGGUUUUGGACAACAUCGGAGACUUUAGUGGAGAUGCAGUGGACACGUUAGCAUCCGACUACACGUCGUUAGUGACUCUACCAGAUCAAAUUCAACUCGAAGCGAGUAAUUUUGACUUCGAAACUAUUGGAUUCGAGUCCACUUCUCGGAACUCCAAGAAACAAAAACGUACCAGUAAAAACGAGAAGAAAUUGCUCAACUACAACCCGAACAAGGCGCGUAAUGGCCGUCGCUUCGAGAUCAUCCAUCUCCGCAAAGAGGCGAGAGAAUUGGAGUUGAUGUUCCAGCAGUUGAAGUCGAUGCAGGAAAGAGAAGACCUCCGGCUGGGUCGAACAAGCAACGCUAAGAACCGAGUGAAGAAGGUGCCGGCAGUGUGGGAAGAGAUCUGUAAGCGCCAGCUUGAGCGGCGCCUCAAGGUUGAGAGGGAGAACGUUUUGUUGAGAAAGAAGUGCGAGAAGGGGCGACAAGUGGCGAGGAGUAUCGAAAGAAUGGUGAGGAAGCGACUUGCACAGCAAGACGCCGCGUGUUCGGACUUGAACAGACCAACCAGGCGUGUCGGUAUAUCUCCAACUUUCAGUUCACGAAUGACUAGCAAGAUCUUUGAAGAGCUGUUGGCUGGCGUGGAGGCUUCCUACAAUGAGGUAGACAGCGUGUUUGAAGACAACAGUUCCACGUUCCCGAAUCGACGAACGCGCGCUCCGCUGGGCCGAGACAGCGUGAAAGACAUGCAAGUGGAUCUGCUGUACGGCAAGGUCAUGCCGUUUCAAGUGGACGCAAUCGGUGACGCGUGGUGGACACGCUGGCACAACUACAAGGGUCAGUGUACGACCCAGAAUGAAGGGAACACGAUCGCAGAGAAAUUUGGGCUGGAGAUGCGCGAUUCCAGGACGAACACGACGGCUACGUUCUACGACCAGCAGGUUCUGCGUCGAUAUGACGACAAGGAUCGUAUUGUUAUCGUCUGGCGCGCGUAUAUCGAGCCGCUUGAGUAUGACGAGCGGCAAGUGAAUGGAAUGUACUUCCUAGAGAAAGGAUACGUGCUUAUUACGCCGUACGAACAGGACGAAGCAGCAGACGGUGACAACUCCACUUUCUCGCGCGUGUCGACUUGCUACAUACUUACGCCUAAGUCGACAGGUCGAAAGUUGCGCCACGACUCGCGAACGACUUCACUGGUUGACUUCGUCGCCAGUUCUGUGUCGGCUAACAUGGCCAUGAUCAUUGAGAUGGUUGAAAACAUGCUGCUGGAUCAAUCGAUAGACCAGUGUAAGCCCCACUGAGGAAUGCGCAUGUGUAGAUCCAGCUUUGAUGCAUCAAUACCAGCCCAAUGUACUUUGAUUCAGCGAACAAGACAAGGUGCUUGCAUAAAUGUAGCCUACUCGAGCAUGUCGCGAACAUGAAGGCGUCGGGGUUGUUGCACUCAAUAUUGUCGCUUCUUUGACCAUUAUUUCAAAAGAUAUAAUAGUCAAGCAUACUUUCGCUUUGUGCAUUCCUCA